UGUUGUAAGUGCUGGAGAAAUUACUUUGUCGGUGGUGGUCCGGUUUGGGAUUUUACGCCUAGUUCCACCUCUGAAGAUGCUAAAAAGUUAGGAAUUGUUGCUCCUGGGAACAUACAUGAUAUUCAUAAGUUGCUACUUGCUGGAAAACUGCACAGGACGAUGAGAAAAACAUCUGCGAGGCCGUUCAAGGUGUGGCUGGUAAAGUAGGACAAGGCAGAGGACCACCCCUCCCUCGCUGUCCUGUCAGGGAUAGCAGAGCCCGUCUUUGUUUUCUUUUUUUGUCUUUUCUUUUUUCUUUUUUUUCUUCUCCAACACAACCCCGCAAACGUGUGAAUUCAUGAUCACAUGACCGUGGAUAUGGACGCAGUCCUGUCCGACUUUGUCCGUUCGACUGGAGCUGAACCUGGAUUGGCCAGAGAUCUGCUAGAAGGCAAGAACUGGGAUUUCACUGCUGCCCUCAGUGACUUUGAGCAGCUGCGACAGGUGCAUGCUGGGAACCUGACGUAUUCGUUCACAGAGGAGAGGAACUAUCCGCCCCCAGAAAAAGAGAUGGCCCGGGUAGGACGGCCGGUUCUCCAACGCCAAGAUGAGGUGGUGCAAGCAGCAACAGAAAAGCGUCUUUCGAGGGGCAUUUCACACGCCAGCUCAACCAUCGUGUCCCUGGCGCGCUCUCACGUCUCGAGCACUGGAGGAAGCAGCAGUGAGCCGCUUCUAGACACGCCCCUCUGCACUUUCCAACUACCAGACCUCACGGUGUACAGAGAUGACUUCCGUGGCUUCAUCGAGAGGGACCUCAUUGAGCAGUCCAUGAUGGUGGCCUUGGAGCAUGCUGGGCGCCUCAACUGGUGGACGAAAGUGGUUUCAAACUGUCAGAGUCUGCUGCCCCUGGCAACCAGCGGAGACGGAAACUGUCUGCUACACGCGGCCUCGCUCGGUAUGUGGGGGUUUCAUGACCGGGACCUGAUGCUGCGGAAGUCCCUGUACGCUUUGAUGGACCACGGUUUGGAGAGAGAGGCCCUGAAGCGGAGGUGGAGGUGGCAGCAGACUCAGCAGAACAAAGAGUCCGGUCUGGUGUACACGGAGGAGGAGUGGCAGAAAGAGUGGAAUGAACUGUUGAAGCUGGCCUCCAGCGAGCCGAGAAUACACUACAGCACCAACGGCACCAACGGGGCGGAGUCCUCCGACGAGCCGGUUUACGAGAGUUUGGAGGAGUUUCACGUCUUUGUUUUGGCCCACGUCCUCAGACGACCCAUCGUUGUGGUGGCUGACACCAUGCUGAGGGACUCUGGAGGAGAGGCCUUUGCUCCCAUCCCGUUCGGAGGCAUCUACCUACCACUGGAAGUGCCAGCUGCCAAGUGCCAUCGCUCGCCCCUGGUGCUGGCGUACGACCAGGCGCACUUCUCUGCCCUGGUCUCCAUGGAGCAAAAGGACAGCUCCAAAGAGCAAGCAGUUGUGAUCCCUCUCACUGACUCAGAGCACAAAAUGCUGCCGCUGCACUUCGCUGUGGACCCGGGGAAAGAUUGGGAGUGGGGCAAGGAUGACACUGACAACGUGAUGCUAGCGAGCGUGGCUCUUUCGUUGGAGGCCAAGCUCCAGAUGUUGCACAGCUACAUGACGGUCGCCUGGCUGCCCCUGCCCUGCGAGCAAGCCCCCUUGGCCCAGCCCGAGUCUCCCACAGCGUCGGCAGGAGAGGAUGCCCGCACGCCUCCAGACUCGGGAGAGUCAGACAAGGAGUCAGUCAGCAGCAGCUCAAACGGAAACGGAGACACGACCACAGGAUCGACCGUCAAUGGAGGUGGCUCUUUGGCCAAAAACAGCUCCUCUUCCUCGUCUAGUUCCUCCAGCAGUGGCUCGGCGACAGGAACAGCAGGGAAGGACAAAACCAAGAAGGAAAAGGACAAAGACAAAGACAAGAAGAGGGCAGACUCUGUGGCCAACAAGCUCGGCAGCUUUGGCAAGAGUCUGGGCAGCAAGCUGAAGAAAAACGUAGGCGGACUGAUGACAGGAAAGAACGCUGGAGCCGGAGGUGUCAAGCAGGAGGGCGGUGAGAAGAAGAAGGGCUCGUUUAGGGGGAGGAAGGGCAGCAAAGACGGCUCGCCUUCAGCCCACGCCUCCGAGGACUCAGGCAAAGGCUCCCCCUCCUCAGGUAGCGAGCGUCUGAACGGGACGGGGAGCAGCAUGAGCAGCAGUGGAGGAAGCAGCACGGAGAGCGAAACCUACAAGUACAGUGCCGACGUCAAGGUGAGCCUGGGAAUCCUCCGAGCCGCCAUGCAGGGCGAGAGGAAGUUUAUCUUUGCCAGCCUUCUCACCACGAGCAACCGUCAGCCCUUCCAGGAGGAGAUGAUCCAGCGCUACCUUUCAGACGCAGAGGAGCGCUUCAGAGCCGAGCAGGACCAACAGCGGCGCGAUCUGGAGAGGAAGAACAUCACGAAUGGCGUCCAGAUACCCAAGAAGGAGACGGUCGGUGGUCCGGAGCUGACGUACCGAGCUUAUGAAGCAAAAGAGGAUCUGUCAGAGAACUCCUCCCCCACCUUCAACCAACUGAAAGCAUCUCCUCUGACAACCUCCAUGUAUCCUGGUGUGGUCGCCAUCCCCCGGCCCUCUUUCAUAGACCAGCCUCCAGCUGCACAGCCCCUCACUCAGCACCUUCACAUGCACGGCUACAUGGAUACUCGGCGGCAGCUCGCCGGUGGCUCCCCCGCGACCUCUUACCCCGGCCUUCCCUCGUACGCCACACUUCCCAGACACUGCCCCACAGCACAGGGUCCCCCACACCCCCAGUACAAUAACUCACAAGGCCCCUCCUCCUUAAGUCCCACUCGCCUUGUGCCCUCGUACCCCCCUGAGUUUGACCCGCCGGACUACCCCGGGUCUGAACAUGCUGCUGGAAGUUACACUAACGGCUUCCGGGACGUGCGCUCCAACCUAGACUCUCGGAGCGGGCAGCCCCCAGUCAGACACUACUCCCUGGGCAGCGCCGGCGGCCUAGCCAGCCUGCAGUCCAGCCGCUGUCGGACACCCAGCUGCACCUACUACGGACACCCUGAGACGGGCAACUACUGCUCUUACUGCUACAGAGAAGAGCUGAAAAAGAGGGAGCCAGAACCGGCCAUCCACAGGUUCUGAACGGACCUCACUACAGCUUGAAUUUGAUGAGUGGCCUUUUGUCAGUUUAAAAAAAAACAGACGUGUGACGGCUUGGGCAGAUCAGCCUGCGUAUGGGCGAGAGAAAGCCACAACCAGCUCCCUCACUUUUUUUCUAGCAGCGUCACUUCCUGUUGGAGCAAAGAAAGUGGCGAUCAGUCGACACAACUUCAGUAAAACAGGGUGGUUUAACUGCAGGAGUCACAUGAUAGACCAUAGAAUAAACUAACUGCACUUCUGUUACAUUUUUGCUGUGGCUCUUACGCAGGCGUUACGUAUGAGUGUGUGUGUGUGCGUGUGUUUAUUUGUGUGUGUGUGUGUGUGUGUGUGUGUGUGAGCUGCAGGCUCUCCUCCUUUUAUCAGUCUAACGCCUUGCUACUGUCUCCUCCUAGUGGAGAGAAUGUAUAUGGCAGGCACCAUACACAACACUCAUCACACACAUACAGUUACAUGAACACAUAUUCACCAAGUCAGACUCACACUACUUCACACACACAGCGAUGCAAGCACAAACAGAAAAAGACACGAGUGUCUCUGCUCCACUUUAUGCUCUGUGAGGAUGUUUGAUUGGUCAGUCGAGGCGGGAUGUUUGAGUGUGUUGAAGUCACAUCAGUCGAGGGUGAUUUCAGUGUUAUACAGAUUUUUACACUACUGUUACUAGAUGCUUGCGUCAUAUGUACCUCGGGAAACAGCAGAUUUAAUCCUCGUCAAAUUGCUUUUUCGUCUGACACCAUUUGCAUAAUGCAAAUUGAAACUAGCGUGCAAUGCUAAAUGAAUAAGCGUUCUGUGGGCUGCUGUGGUGCUAAUUUUACAGAAUGCAAACCUUAGACAUGUCCAUGCAUUGAGGCAACAGCUCUGCACUGUCAAUAAUAACUUUUUUUUGGUCAAAAUAAAUAUCUAAAGAAAAUGUAUAAAUUAAAUCCUAAAGAUGUCAAUCUAAAUGUAUUCACUCACAGUAUUGAUCCCAUGUUGCAGAACAAAGAUAAUAUAGCCAUAAAAGCUGGAUGGUAAGAACUCCCUCUCAGAGCCUGAGUCAGUGUGUUUCAGAUGUUGGUUGAACUGUUUAUCUUCCUCACAUGGAUCUUCUUGUUCUGUGAUAAUAGCUGGCUUUAAGGCUUUUAAUAAUACGAUACACUGCAGAGUCAAAACGUCACAGACUUUGGAGACAACUGUCACAUGUGUUUAUGCUUUUCUUCCUAAUGAUUCAACUGUUACUAAAGACAGUUUCAGGUUUCUGACACCAAAAUGAAGGCUGCAAAAAAAUGCAAGUUCCACUGUGGAUUAAAAGUUGGACUACUUCCUAAACACAUGUUUUGUUUAUUUGACUAAAUAUCAGGAAGUUGUGAAAAAUGUUGAUCAGUGAGAUCUGUCAGUGGAAAGACACUCUAUUAAAAUUCAAAAAGCUUGAAUCAUAAAUUAACUAAAAAAAAGAGAAAUUACUUCAACAAAUAAAUAAAAAUGAACAAAUUUGGGAUUAAUUUAAAUGUUAAAAACUAAUGAACUGAUUGGUUACAGUGUUCUGCCAUUGAGUAAUGAAAUUCUACUGAUUGUUGUCCAACCAGUGACAUGAACUUGUCUGCUUUCGAGGACGAUUGUCUCCAAACUCUGUGUGCAUGGUGCAAAGGGAAACACGCCCCUCUGUCAGCUCAUGAAACUCAGUUCCAUUCAUAAUGCAUCCACAAAUUCUGGUACCAAGUUUCAAGAUCCCAACACUGGCUGUCCUGAGAUAUCAAACCCUCUGCGCUCUGAUGUUUGAGAAAUGUGAAACUUGUUUGUUACAAUCUCACGAUCCCACAAAAAGGUUAUCUUCAAGCAUUAACGUUGUUUUUUGCUCACAGGACAUCUUAAUGUCUUUCAGUUUGUUCACUCACUGCAAAUUCUAAAGUUCUACUGAAGGCUGUUUCUAGAUUUCUGGCACUCAAUCCUGAAAUCUGGUUACGUUCUCCUGUUUUUGCACAAAUUCAAGCACUUUCCUGACGUCCGUAGUAACAAACCUUUUUACUGUUUCUGAAGUGGCCUGACUGUUGUCCUCUGUCCAUCUCUGCAGACACUGCCACCUCUGUUCAUGGGAAAUCAGGGCCACAGGUCAGAAAGGGAUUCAGUUACUGUAGUGCUACAGCAUUUUGGUGCCAGCGUCACCAUGUUACUCAGUUUCCUAGUUGCCUUUUUCAGCAUUUGUCCUCGUGGCAUCACAAUCCAGUUUGUCCGCUGUGCAGGGCGAACCUCCAGUACCCACUGCUGCUUCAUCGCCUGCAGGCUCUGCUACUACUGCCCCAAAUGAAAUAAUAUCUUAAAUUAUUUUGAAACAGUGUGGAAGCUGUUCAUUAUUUCUCCAGGUUAAGAUACAGACUGACGUUCUGUUUGAGUCUUCCUUAUUUUAUUUUGAAAUUGAAGGCUGAUUUAGUUGUACUACAUAAAUGCUUUGUUUCCCCUUUAAUAGGCGGUUCUGAGGAACUUCUUUUGAGGUAGUGUGGCCUCAGCUGCUCCAACUCUGAUCUGUUCUCCAUCAUUGAAUCUAGAAAAGCACAAUUUAGUACGUAGUUCACUGCCUUGCCCAGCUGAGGGCGCUCUUGAUUUGUUUUCCAUGUGACUCAAUGUUUGGGACUUACCUUUGUGACACCACACUCAAACUACAAACAACAAAUUAACCAAAAUAUUUGAGGAUAAUCUUCAGUAGUGGUGAUUUAACGCUAUGUUACGCUGUAUUAUUUGUUGUCUGUUACAAAGGCAGGUGAUGGAAGAUUGAAGUCUUUUUUGCUGUGUGUUAAAGCAACACUAAGAGUUUUUACUGACAUGAAAAAACCUUUAAACCAUGCUAUUACCCCUCUACGAAAGACAUUUGCUGUGUUUCUGUGUGCUGACAUGUGUCCAUGCACUUGCAUUUUAAUUCAGAGGAGACCCGUGGGGCGUCCCCUGACUGUGGGGGAAGGUGAUGCCUGUAUUUAAAAAAAAUGUUGUAUGUAUGUGCAAACUCUCUCCUGCCCUCCAAAGUAAUAAUUAGCUCACAAAAGCAUUUUUUAAUUUAAUAUUUUGCAAUGAAUGGAUGCCUCAGAAACAUGUAAAACAUCAGACGUUACAGGCUACAAACACAUUUUUGUAUUUAUGAAAAAAACAGUGAGAGGUUGUAUAAAUAUGUUCGAGUUAUUUUUGUAAGCCCAAAGUUUUACAGUGUUUUUAAAGGGUAAGAAUGUAUGUUGUUGGAUAGUGAAACAGGUGUGGAUGAACAGCUUGUAUGAGCCUGGAUUUGGGGAAGAAUUGGUGUUUUUCCAGAAAGUGAUAUUUUGGCUGUGGAAGGCGACUCCCAGACGGGCCUCUUGGGUCUCUCAUUGCAAACUAAUUUCCUCAGUGCUGACCUAACAAGAUACCAUUUGAGAAUUUAUAUUUAUAGUGAGAUUUUUUAAUAGGUUUCCUUGUGGAAUGUUUAGUUGCGACAUUUUAGGAUGUUCUUUCUCACAAGGCUAAUUGUCUAGCAGUCUGGCUUUUAAUUGUUUGUUGCUUUUAUUGAUUUGUAAAAAAAAAUUUGUUUACUUUUUUCUACAGCCACCGAACCGUGCUAUGCUAAAACAUGACAGUGAUGUUCUUGUUGACCCAGCUCGUUUCCUCCACACCAGAGGAGAACCGGCUCAGAAUUAGUUUUUGCGACACAACUGACCCGAUCUAUUUUUAUAUAUAUUGUACAACACUGUAUUUUCUGUGUGAGCAGAAGAUUCAUCAUCAGUGACAUUAACAUGGAAUACUUUGAGUUGCAUGGGACUGGAACUGUUGCAUGUAAAUGGCGAUCCAUUUUACCAAAUUUGUGCAUUAUUUGAACUUGAUCUCUCUCUCGUCCUGGUAUUUUGAUCUGUUUUCAUUUUUUAAUUGUUUUAUUGUUUUAUUGUUUUUUCUUUUGUUUUGUUUUGAGAGGAGAGCCCUAAGGCUGUGUGACAGUGCAAUCUGGAUAGAAAGAACAUCAGAUUUUAUGUUAGGUUAUUAUUAUUAUAAUUAUUAAUUUUUUUGCACCGUUUGAAUAAAUUCUCAUUGUAUUUCAAAAACAU